ACAUUGAUAUAGGUACGCUACCAGUAGAUUCCAGAAAGUACGCAGCACAAGUGUUCACAUUUUAUCACUCACUUCCUUCUUCGCUCGCUCGCUCCUCGUCAAAACCCUAGCGGAUUGCUACAGAAUCUCACAGAAGUCUCGCCAUCCAUGGAUAUCGAGGAGGAAAUCCGAUCGUUACAGCUUGAUUCAGCAGCAGAAGAUAAUGGGGUUGUUAAUCCGGACGAAGCAAAGCCGGAAGUAGAGAAUGAUAAUAAGAUGGAGGAAGAUUCCAGGGAAGAGAUUCGUAAACAGUCUGAUAAGUCAGUUGUAGUUGAGCAUAAAGGGAAGGAGAAGGAAACCCCGGAUCCAGAAGAAGAGCAUGAUGACAUGGAAUUAGAUAAGAAGAGGCACUUGAAUGUUGUUUUUAUUGGCCAUGUUGAUGCUGGAAAGUCCACAACAGGAGGCCAAAUACUUUUUCUUAGUGGUCAGGUUGAUGAUCGUACAAUCCAAAAAUACGAAAAAGAAGCAAAGGACAAAAGUAGGGAAAGCUGGUAUAUGGCUUAUAUUAUGGACACCAAUGAAGAAGAGAGAGUUAAGGGUAAAACAGUUGAAGUUGGGCGGGCCCACUUUGAAACCGAGACAUCAAGAUUCACGAUUUUGGAUGCACCUGGCCACAAAAGUUAUGUUCCAAAUAUGAUCAGUGGUGCAUCUCAAGCUGAUAUAGGAGUACUGGUAAUUUCUGCUCGUAAAGGAGAAUUUGAAACCGGGUAUGAGAGGGGUGGGCAGACCCGUGAACACGUUCAACUUGCUAAGACAUUGGGUGUGUCCAAGAUGCUUGUUGUUGUAAAUAAAAUGGAUGAACCCACUGUGAACUGGUCAAAAGAAAGGUACGAUGAAAUUGUUACAAAAAUGAUACCAUUCCUUAAAGCAUCAGGCUACAAUGUGAAAAAAGAUGUGCAAUUCCUACCUAUAUCUGGCCUGAUGGGAACAAAUAUGAAAACCAGAUUGGAUAAAAGUGUAUGUUCGUGGUGGGAUGGUCCCUGCCUUUUUGAAGCCCUUGAUUCUAUUGAAGUUCCUCUACGAGAUCCUAAAGGUCCAUUCAGGAUGCCUAUCAUAGACAAAUUCAAGGACAUGGGAACAGUUGUUAUGGGCAAAGUGGAAUCUGGGUCCGUGCGUGAAGGGGAUUCAUUGUUUGUCAUGCCAAAUAAGGUCCCAGUGAAAGCUGUUGCUAUAUACAUUGAUGAAGAUAGGGUGAAACGUGCGGGCCCAGGUGAAAAUCUACGGGUUAGAUUAUCAGGCAUUGAUGAUGAGGAUAUAUUGUCAGGCUUUGUUGUGUCGAGUGUUGCAAAGCCAAUACCUGCCGUUACAGAAUUUUUCGCCCAGUUGCAGAUUCUUGAACUGCUUGACAAUGCAAUUUUGACGGCUGGCUAUAAAGCUGUCCUGCAUAUUCACUCAAUUGUUGAAGAAUGUGAGAUUAUUGAGCUUGUAAGUCAAAUUGAUACGAAGACGAAGAAACCUAUGAAAAAGCAUAUUCGUUUUGUCAAGAAUGGUGCCAUUGUUGUGUGCAAGAUUCAGGUCAGCAACACGAUAUGCAUUGAGAAGUUUGCGGACUUUCCGCAACUUGGGAGGUUUACUCUUCGUACUGAAGGAAAAACUAUUGCAGUUGGAAAAGUGAUUGACCAACCAUCAAAUUACCGCAACAAUUCAAGUGCUUAAAAAAAUUUUGGUCUGAAGAGCUGCGUGAGUAGGACGGACUGCGCGGCAGCUUGAUGGGUUUGAAGUCAUCGCAGCAUUACCUACAACUCAAAUUGUAUGGACUCUUAUACCACGUUAAUAUAGUAUUGAAUCGAGCCUCCCAUUACUGUGGGUUAUUAGAUCUCGAUGAAAAUUCUGAUUGAUCAGUGGAUUUUAUUUCUUCUUUGUACCAACUCCGUAAGAUCAGUCGAUUUCAUUAGGUUUAAAUCAAGUGUGGUCGGAGAGCCGUCUCCUAUGGUGUGGAUCAUCGUUGGAUUUCGGGGAAGAAAUGGUGGGAGUGGACAUUAAUUUAAGCUACGUCAUGGACGACUCCUAUCUUGUAGCAUCUUCGUGAGCGUAGAGGCACCGGAUCAAGGCGUAUGUUGAGAGCCCUCGCGAAAGCGCGAUGUUUUUGGUAUUUUUGAUCUCACCCGACGCACCGCGAGGGUUGUCAUAAUCAGGUAGCUCGGCGCUAGUUUUUAUCUAAAUCAUUUUCCGAGUGGUUUAGGAUAGUGAAUUAUUGAAGUGGGUUUCUGGUUGGGAACCGGAUCCAAAUAAAUUUGUAGCCGUUGGGUAAAAAUUUAACGGUCUGGAUCUUUUGACUGGGAGGCUCGGUUUAUUUGGGUCCGGAAGGGAUACGGUUCAUUUAGAUGCUUGGACAAAGUAGAAGAAGGUUCUCUUAUGACUAGCACACUACCCAUGAUGGGUUGAAUGGGCGAGGUCGGCUGUUGGAUUUUGCGUCAUUUGCUUCACGACAUAUCUUGUCGUACACGACGACAGAGGGACUAAGUGUAUUCCACUCUAUUCUUUCUUCUUGGGGUUGUGAAAGAGGAUAACUGACACGCACUCGGAUCUGUAGAAAUCUUACGUCUUGGUCUUAAGAGAUAGAGGGAAAUAUCUGAGAAAACGAGAGACGAAGAUUGGUUAAAAGAAAGAUGCAAGAGAGUCAAGAAUUUGAGGUUUUGAGGUGUUAGUCGAUUUCCUCCCCUGCAUUUGUCAUUAACGUCCAUUUUUCUUCUUGAAUUUUAAUUUUAGUCAAUUAUCAUCAUGAACUCUUAUAGUUAAGACAAUUUUUCUCUUGCCGAUAUAUUUAUGAAUUUUUCCACUA